UCCCACCAGAAGUGGGAGUGAACCGCCGUGGUUUAAUUUCAGUCUCCAGCUCAGAGCCAGCUGCGUGGUGCCCUGAGUCAGACACCCGGCCAGGGAGAGCAUGUCCCGCGGGGGCGGCUGCAGGUCCGGGUGACGCCAGGGAGCCAGGGGGCGGCGAGGUCACGCGCGGAGACCACACAGGCCAGCCCACGUGUGCGCCAGAUUUAAAAGUUGGCGGUGCGCGGUGAUGGUCGCUUUGGUGGUUGAGCUCAACAAAAGACACACCAGGGACGGGACGCUGAGGGACAACCAGAACACCCGCACAGCACAGGGUCCCUGGUCGCCAGUCCAGAGCCGCUUGGAAGUGACAGAGAUGUCGCGAGCAGCGGGUAGCCGCCUAGGGCUGUCUGGGGGACAAGUGGUCUCGGCAUCCCCGCUCCUGUCACUGCUGCUGCUCCUCGCCUGCUUCGUGGACGCCUGCAGAGGUGCUCCAAUACCAACUCAAAGAUUACAGCCAGAGCAAGAACUACAAUUGUGGAAUAAGGUGCAUGAAGCUUGCUCAUCCUUUCUCUCUAUUGACUCCCAAGCUGAGGCAUCCGCUGCACUGAGGGAGUUUUGCCGUGUGGUGACGGAGAUCCGCCAGAAGCCUCAGGAACAAAAUGAGAAAGAUAAUACUAAGAGGUUCUUAUUUCAUUAUUCAAAGACAGAGAAGUCGGGAAAUUCAAAUAUUGUGUCGUCUGUCGUGCAUCCGUUGCUGCAGCUCGUUCCUCAGCUCCAUGAGAGAAGAAUGAAGAGAUUCAAGGAAGAGUUCCGGAGUCCUUUUGCUGGUCAAAGCAGGGGAUUCUUUUUAUUCAGGCCACGCAAUGGGAAGAGGUCAACAGGUUUCAUUUAAAAUGAUGUCGACUGAUUUUCCAUCGAAACAGUGCGAUAAGAUAUAUAAUAUACUUACAUUCUGUUUUAAAAAAUGAUUCCUCCUAAAUUUACUGUUGCAAACCCCCGCUUUGUAACAUUCUCCGUGACAGUUGAGAUUAUAAAUGUUUGAUUUGUUGAAAAUAAA